CACCAUUAUUUUUCUUCUUUAAUUUUAAGGGUUUUGCAGAAUUUCACUUUCUUCAGUGCAAAUUCGAAUUUGAAUUUCAAUGGCGACACUUUCAUGGAGGCACCAUACACUAAUUCAAGCUCUACUCUCUCGUGGUCCGCUUAAAGAGAAGGAUUUUCAAUCUAUAUUCACCAGAAUCAUCGACAAAUCCUCAGGUAAUCAUCAGUCACUAUUCAAUGAAUACCUGAGAAAGAUAAACGGAGAGCUCGCUUAUGUGCAGUUAGAGCUACGGGCAUGUAGAAACCAGUAUGACGGACAUGUGCAUUAUGGUGUUGUGAACAAUGUUUCAGAUGAGUCAUCCAAACUUGGUACUAAAUAUUCAGUUCCCCAGAUAGCUUUCUAUAAAGGCAUUAUUGAAGCAAUUGUUCAAGACGCAGCAGCUCAGGGAUUUAUAUCGACCAUUGAUGCACUGAACAUACGGCUCGAAAAUCAGUUUCUAGCUGGAACAGAAUCCCAGUCUCAGAGAGGUCAUAUUCCUGCAGCGUUUAGAAAUUUUUCAAUGUCUCAAAAGGAGAGGACCCUUGAGGAACUUGCGAGGGACCGCUGGCUUUCUCUAACAGAUGGUAAGAUAGGACUAGGAGUUCGUUCGUUCCUUGAUCUCAGAAGUUGGUUUCGCAGUAAUGAGGUUCCAGCAUGUGAAGUUUGCAAUGAAGCUGCUGUGAAGGCUGAGCUUUGCAAAAAUGAAGGCUGUAAUGUUCGUAUGCAUAUGUACUGUCUGAGAAUGAAGUUCUCCAAAAGCAAGGCUGAGAAAGUUUGUCCCGGUUGUGGGACAAGAUGGCAUUACAACAUUGCAAAAGUAGAAGCUGUAGAUGAAGAAGAGGAUGCAUCUUUGCCUCCUGAGAGUCAGCAGCCUCGUGAACCCUCAACGAGAAAAAGGCCUAGGACCCGUGCAGCUAUUGACUCUGAUACUGUUGAGCCUGAAUCAUCUCAAAGUACAAGGCUGACUCGACGCUCUGUCCGUCUGAAGAGUUCAGGUUAACAAAUCUGGCUUGCUAGUUGCUAGUUUGGUGCUCAUGUACAUUUAAGUAUAUGAAAAUGGAUAUAUUUUUGCAACCUCUGAAACCAAACUCUAACUUAUGAAUGUAGAUUAUAAGGGUAUCCAGAUUAGUAUCUUAAUCAUGGGUUCUUUUUUGUUUAAAUCCAAUAGUUUCUAAGGGUAGAUUAAACAAUUGUUCAUGUACCUUUAUCCUCGGAGGCUCAAGUAAAUGCCUGUUUGCUUAUGUUUUCUCAUAUGAA